AUGGAGACAAAUUAUUGCGUUGCUCUCGGGCAUUUAAGUAAGCUGCUGGCCGGGAUAAUCAGAGUUGAUCGGGCUUUAGAUUCUCCAAACGCAGCACAAGGAGAUUUGAUUUCCAUUUCCAGAUCUCUCCUUUUCUGCUCCGAGUCAGGAAGACGAAGAUGGCUGAGUCGCCAAAUUCUGACCGAUUUUGAGUAA